GAGACUUGAAGGUGGAAUUAACAGGAUGAACAGAGGUUUGAACACGGCAAAUGUUUAAAAUGGAAACUAAAAGACAUUAAAACAACAAAAACCGCUAAAAACCCUGAUUAAAGACGAGGAGAGGAAAUGUGUGAGGGUUGCCAUGGUGACAGUGAAACAGUGCAGGAGGCUGAAGGCUGAAAGCUCGUUCAGUGUCAGAUUUUUUAAAGCGUUCUUUCCACCAUGGCAUCUCCUGGUCCUGAUGCAUGUGGCACCUCCUUAUCUAACUGCUUGAUAGAGGAUGAAGCUGAGAAUGAAUUUCUGUGUUCCAAGCCUACCUGCUUCAUUAUCCUGGGAAAACCUGGUAUUGGGAAGUCUACCCUUGCCAGAACAUUUGCCCAAACUUGGGGGUGUGUCCUCGUCGAUGACACAGAGGUGCUCAGCAGUCACAUGCGUGAUGGAACAGAGCAAGGAAAAGAGCUUUUAGCAAUCCUGGCUGAAGGAAAGAGCAUCCCGGAGGAGAAGAUGGUGGCGUUAGUUCUUGAAAAGCUCAAAACACCAGAGGUAGAAAACUAUGGUUAUGUUCUGUCAUGCCUACCAUCAAUGUCUGGAGAAUAUCUGAACGUUCAUGAACAAAUCGAAUUGAUUCAAAACCAAAAACUUCCCCCAGACUUCAUCAUUAACAUAAAGUGUGCAGAGGAGGACCUGAUCAAGCGCCUUGCAGGCCAGAAGCAACAUCCUUACAGAGCGCAGUGGAGCCCUGUGACAGAGGAGUCACCUAAGAGUGAGGCAGAGGAAGAAGGUGAGGAAGAAGAGGAAGAGGGGGAUAAGCAAGCAGUGGAGGAAGAGAAGGACACAAGCAGUCACUCUGUGAGGCUGAAAGAGCAUUACCCAGAUGAAGCUCGUCGCAGGAUUCUCCUUUAUAAAGAAACCAUGCUCAUGCCUUUGGAGGACUUCAUGGCAGCUCAUGACCCUCAGUAUUUAUUUGAACUUGAUGGAAGCAUGGAUCCAGAAGAGAUUUUAGGAUGUCUUAUAACUCGACUAGACUGCAUGGCUGUGAGGAGAGCAGCAGUACCGGGGUGCUUGCUAAACACAGAGGAGGCAGAAAUGGCUAAGGAGAUGGAUUCUGAGGAGCUGCUGCACAUGCUGUCCUCCAGCAAGGCCAUCGCACCAGGCUUCCAUUGGCACAGGAGUCGCUGGGGCUGCACUUGCCCUGUUGCCCUCAAAGAAGGGAAAAUAAUUAAAGGCAAAGCUGAAUUUUCAGUCAGCUUUCUGAAUAAAAUCUAUAUCCUGUCCUCUCAAGAGGCUCUGCAGAAGUUCAUGGUCAAGCCACGAUGGUACUUGCUCCCCCCCAUGCCACGCCCACCCUGCAGAGUGUCUGUGAUUGGACCACCACGGUCAGGAAAGAGCACUUUGAGUGUCCUCUUGGCUGAAUAUUAUGGUGCAGUUGUGAUAGACAUGAAGAAGCUGACGGAGGCUGCCAUGGAAAACAUCAGGCAUGAAAAGCUGGAGAAAGCAAGGCAGGAUGCAACGAUUUCAGCUCUGGAAAAGCUCAAGGUGCAGAAGAAUGAUGGAGGUGAAUCUGAAACAGAGGUGACAGAAGAUCACCCAGAAGUUCAAGCUUUAGUGGAGGAAGCCAUGAAAGAAGCAGAAAAGAUGCCAAUUGAACCAUCAGAUGAUGUGUGUGUAGAAGUCCUGGAAAAAUGGAUCAGAGAGAUUGAGGCAGAAGAUGCAGAUGCUGAGUUUAAAAGGGGCUGGGUGCUGGAUAACUACCCCACCACCAACACUCAGCUGGCACGCAUCCAGGAACUGCAUCCUGACCUCAUACCUGAUGUGGUGUUCUGUCUCCAAGACAGUGAGGGAGAAGGAAGGACAGUUCUGAGUAGGAUUUAUGAACAGAAUAAGGAGGAGGUGGAUGUGGUUAUACUAGCUCAACUACAAGAGGAGCAGAGACAGAAAGAAAUCCAAAACACUCAGCAGCAGGUGCUGGACUCAGAAAAGGACGGUCAGUCUGGGGGGUUUUCCACACUGGAGGUGGUGCCUGAGGAGCCGGAUGUUACUGAGUUGAUGUUGCCUAGUACAUGGGAACAGGGCUAUCCUCCUGGCCCAGCGAUGGAAAUGUACAAGCUGCAGCUAAAGAAGUUUAUGGAGGACUGGAAUACCAUGGAGUCGUCCAUCACGUGCAGCUGUGUUAUACUGGAGAUCUCCAACCAAACCGCUCAGAGUCUGCUCCAGGAGAUGGUUGACCAAAUGGAGCGACCGUUUAAGUACAAGGCCCAAGAGAUAUCCAGCAUGGAUCUGGAUAAAGAGGAGGAUGAUGUGCAGGAGGAUGAAGAUGAAGCAGAGGAAUGGAGCAGCAGUGAAAGGUGGCUUGGGGAUACUAGCAAGUACUGCCCAGUUGUGCUGCAGGAGAAGGGAACGCUGGUGCCUUGUACAAAUGACAUUGCUGCAAAAUACAGAGAGAAGGUCUACUACUUUUCUAGCAGCAAAGCGUGGGAGAAGUUUAUGCAGAUGCCUGAGAUGUAUGCUCCAACUACUCAACUACUUAAACCUCCUGCCCUGCGUAUUGUCCUGCUGGGAGUGCGUGGCUCAGGAAAAACCACACAUGGCCACUGGUUAGCACAACAGCUGGGUCUCUUUCAUAUCCAGUUCCGUGAACGGCUGCAAGAGCUGAUUCUGGCCAAGACUCAGACCCGUGUGCCCUACUCUGAUGAGGCAGAGCCGUCUGAAGAGCCACCCAAAGAGCUGCAGAGUCUGCUGCAGGCACACAACCAGUCCACAACUUCUGCUGACGAGCCAGAGGAUGGACUGAGCCAACAGGAAAUCCUUUCCACUGAUAAUGACCACACUGAGGAGACUCCAGCACUGACCGAUGAAGAGGAAGUCAUAAAGUCAUAUCUAUCUGAUGGACAGCCGUUGCCAGACACAAUCAUGGAGAAGGUUCUGCUGGAGUUCUGGCAUCAAGAGCCAUACAAAUCAUCAGGCUUUAUUCUGGAAGGUUUUCCUCAGCAUUCAGAGGAAGUGUCUUUUUUAGUGGAGCACCACUUGUACCCCGACACCAUCAUACUUAUGUCUGUAGAAGUGUCAGAAGUGGUCAAGCGUCUGCUGCCUCCACGACUUGACAGAUGGAGGGACAGAUGCACACGAAGAAGAGGACAGAUGCAAAUACUUAAAGAGCUACGUAGCAAAAUUAGGGAGGAGGCUGUUGCCCAAAGAAGAGCUGAACUUCUGUCCGAAUAUGCACCUAAAUCUCUCAGAGAAAUGGACACUGAGGAAGAGGAGCUGAACUGGGAGGAAGAGCUGGAAGACAGGCUGCUGAAGGAGUUUCCUCAGGAGGAGCAAGAGGACGAAGAGGACGAAGAGUCCGAGGCCAGUGCAGAGGAUCGGAUAGGAACAGAGAUCAGUGAGAGGUUUGACAGAGAUGACAGCAACCUCACGGUGAUGCUGGAGCUUCUGGCUGAACACCGGAUUCCUCAGCUGACAGUCAGCGCUGGACGGAAGCAUCACCUUGUGCGCGCUCAGCUACUAAAGCAAGUCAAGCCCCUGGUGGAGAACAGAGAAGCUCUGUUUCAAAGGUGUCAACCCAUCAACUAUGCCACUGCUCAAAAACUCCUGCACUCCUCUCACAAGUACUACAGUGCCUUUGGCUGUUGGGAUCCGAUCAGGUAUACAGAGGGAGAUCUGAUCCAACAUGUGCAGGACCACCUCAACACUAGCUUCCCAGUCCUCUUCCACAACUUCAUUUUCUUCUUUGCCUCAAAAGAGACACGCAAGACCUUUAUGAUCAACCCUAUCAAACACCUCCGUCAGCCCAAGCCCAACCCUUCCCUGCCCAUAAAACUGGCCAUCAUUGGUAUUCCGAAAUCGGGAAAAACCACAGUUGCUCGCAUGUUUGCCCGUGAAUAUGGACUGGCACACCUAUCCAUCGGUGCUGUUAUGAGGACAGUGCUAAGUCUCCAAGACAAGACAGAGCUCGCCACUGAGAUGCUGAAGUACUUGAGCCAGGGCUUGACUGUUCCUGAUGAACUGGCCAUUCAGUGCCUAGAAGUGGUCCUGUUAAACUUAGUCUGCAGCACACGAGGGUAUGUUCUGGAUGGAUUUCCCAUGACCAAAAGACAGGCUGACCUGAUGGCAGCUCGCCGCAUUAUUCCUGUUCGAGUGAUGGAGCUGCAGCUAGACAGAGAUGAAGUGCUGAGGAGAGGCAUGAACGAGAAGAUGAAACCAAACAGGCCGUACCCGAUACAUGACAGCACUCAGUUCCUGGACUUCCGGAUUUCAUGCUUUAAGCGUGAGGUGGAGGCACUGAGGAAACACUUCCAUCAGCAGUACCAAAACUGGGUUCCAGUUGAUGCACACAAAAGCAGUUGGUGGGUGUGGCAUCGGGUUCUGGAAGAAGCCCAGAUUAGUACACAAUAUAUCCACAAGUACCUGAAAAGAAUUCGUAAAGGCCAGGCUGCCAGUAUAGAGCGUCUGUGUGUUACUCCACGAGAGCUGCAAUCUCGGCUGGGCGAGUUUGACCAUUACUGUCCUGUGAGCUUGGCUCUCCAUAAACACUUGGUGGACUGCUCCCUUGACACGUCCCUGGAGCUGGCUGCAGAGUUUAAGAGACGCUACUACAAAAUGGCCUCCAGAGAGUAUCUUGAGAAGUUUCUAGAAGCACCAGAGCAGUUUGUGCCUCCAAAUUGCCCUCAUAAGAUGCCCCCUCCUGAGCUUCUUCCCCGUAAGCUGAGUGCAGGCCAGGUGAAGAGUCGCUUCCCUCAGCAGGUGGAGCUUAAAGGCUACUGUCCAGUCACAUACCUAGAAGGCCAGCAGAGGUACGAGGCUCUGGUUCGUGGCAACGUGAACUUUGCAGUAGAAUACCAGGAGAAGAUCUACAUUUUUGAGACAGAGGAAAAACAACACAAGUUUCUACGAUCACCUGAGAUUUACUGGAACCAGAAACUCCCUCAUAAACUUCCACCAAUGGGAGAACCAGUGCAGCUGACCUCUUUGCCAAUACUGGGUUAUUUGGAACAGGGAGUAGCCAGAGCCAUCAUUAAAGGCUUGACAGAGUUGGGAAACCUCAAGCCAAAGUUCCCAUACCUCAGCAUGAAGAGAUCUGCUAUACUCUACCUGGUCUUACAUCUGAAAGCUUAUAACAGAACAUCCACCUACACUCAGAAGAGGUACAAGAAGAAGCUGGUUCAGUUUGAGGAUGAUUGUCAACUCAUCUCUUAUCUGAGUUCCUCUCUGACCCAGAACUACAAACCUCCUCAUGAACUUCCCAUUGAUUUUAAACACAAGCUUCACAGGUUUCAUGCCUUGAAGGACUCCACUAAACUGUAGCAGGACUGAUGCAACUUGGAGGGAAUUAAUAUGAAAUCUGAUUUAAUUCACUGUUAUUCACUUCAAAACCUAAAUACUUUCAAAAUAGACAAAAGUGAAUGGAAAAUAUAAAAAAUUAAAUAAAGCAAUAAACCUCAAGAAGCCAAGACACCAUGGUUUACAGUGAUUGUAUAAGAGUUGGUGGUAUUUAGUGCUUUUAUAAAGUAGUUACUACAUAAACAUGUCCAUGUUUCAGAAAAUAAACACACAGCAAAAAAAUUCAUUCAUUUAUCACAAACAAUUAAUCACUCUAAGGCCAAGUAAUGUAGUUCUUCAGCAACAUUUAGCAGAAUGUAUGCAAAGUAACACUAAUUAUAAACUCUUUCCCCUCAGUUAUACACUCUGACCAGUUGUGGUGUUAAUGCAGCUUUCACAUCUGGAUAUCAGCCACUGUUAUUAAAAGAAGAGCUUCAUCAUACGUCUGAAUGCUGGACUUGUAACAGAAUGGAUAACGUGAGCUAGAAAAACAACACAGUUAGCAUUUCAGUCUGGUUUAUUAACUGUAAUAUAUAUUUAAUAGAAAAAAAUGGCUGUUGAUUAAAAGUCAGUUACUUGAUAGUGUUUUUUUUCCAGAAACAAAAGCAAAAUUCAGCUGUUCAAUUUCUCUCUCAUUAAUAUGUAUGUGUCUCCUUCCUUUUUAUAUCAUCCUCCUUUAUUCUGUCCAUCUCUCUUAACCACUUUUCUAUGCUUAGCUCACCCAUUAAAUCAAAAUUCAUAACAAAAUCUGACAUUUUGAAAUGAUUUAUGUAGUUCAGUAAGAACUGAGUCCUAAAACCCAGAAACAUCUGUGUUUAACACAAGCUCAGGAAAUUUUCAUGUUUCACAUUCGAGAUUUAUUAAGCUUUUACUAACAUGUAGGAGACACUGGACCACAGAAGUUGUCAGGGACA